GGCCGGGGCCAGGCUUGGCGGAGGGACGGCGGUGGGUCUGCCCCAUCGCGGAGCUCGGAGCCUCCCAGAGCGGGCGCGAUGCUGCCCGGGGCCGGCGCCAGUCCCGCGCUGACCUGCGGGGCCGUGCUGGCCGCCGCCGUGCUGCUGCAGUCCGCCUGCGUGGCCGUCACCUUCCUCUACUUCACCAAGGAGCUGCAGCAGCUUCGGGACACGUACUCCAAGAGCGGCAUUGCUUGUCUCACCGGGGAGGAAAUGGGAAAUUUCAUCCAAAACUUGGAUCUAAUUGAAAAUGAAGACAGAGAAGCUGAUCCCUGCUGGCAAGUAAAGUGGCACCUGGGAAAGUUGAUUAAAAAGAUGAUGUCCAGAAGCUACGAGGAAAGCCUAUCUGCAGUCAAUGCUGAAAGAGCCCUGACGCAGGUGCACACGGAUGGGCAGCAACCACGCAGCCCUGUCAAUAGGAUCGCAGCACAUCUGACAGGCAACAACAACAGGAAGAAUUCCCCAUCCCCACGCAUAGAUUCCUUGCCCAGAAGAGGGAACGGACAAAAAAUAAGCAACUGGGAAUCAUCAAGGAGAGGCCACUCUUUUCUUUACAAUGUGGAGCUUAGAAACGGCGAGUUAGUGAUACCUCAAACAGGCUUUUAUUACAUCUACUCACAAACUUAUUUUCGUUUCCAUGAAAAUGAGAAUGAGGAUUCAGAUUUGUUGGCACAAAUCAGGAACCCCAAACAGCUUGUCCAAUAUGUUUACAAACUGACUAAUUAUCCAGAGCCCAUUUUGCUCAUGAAAAGUGCAAGAACAAGCUGCUGGUCUAAAAAAGCAGAAUAUGGACUUUACUCCAUCUACCAAGGUGGUGUGUUUCAGCUGAAGAGAGAGGACAGAAUUUUUGUCUCUGUCAGUAAUAGUGAUAUAGUUGACAUGGACAAAGAAGCAAGUUUUUUUGGAGCCUUUAUGAUUGGUUAAAAGGUGAAAAUCAUACUUUGAAGGAGCCCGUUUUUUCAUAGUCAGGACCAACUUUAAAUUCUGUAAAAUAGGGGAUAAUAAGCAAAUGCUGUAGCAAUACCAACGAUACCAGAAUCCCCUUUCUCAGCUCACUUAGCGCGAGGUCUGACCAUGACAUAUACUCUCCUACCAGCCCAGAAAGCACAGCAGCAGCUUGCUGCAGCUGCAGAUGGUGUUGAUUUGUGCAGGCACGAGUGCCACAGCUUGCAGCCCAGCCAAGCUGGGGACGUGCGAGGACUUCACGUCCCACAAAUUAUACCUUCGGCCAGAAUCCCAGGCAGGUAAGCACUCACCACUAUCUCUGCAGAGAGGCUCCACGCUGCUCAGCCACAGCAAAUGGGGUGAAAGAUGCUCUGGGUCUGGUUACUCAAGACUGGAACUACAUCUCAAAUUUUAUUUGUGGUGUCCGUUGGGACCCUGUCUUGAAUAUCUCGGCUGUGUAAGGAGCCCUUACAAGGACUGCUUCUCAGUGCCUGUGAAACAACUCUGGAAGGUUUUGUUUGAACCUGAGUUUUACAAAAGUUGAAAGGCCACCAGAUGCUCAAACUGCACAUCUUCAUCCCAUCUAACAAAGCAUUUAAGCACCUCAUUAAUUUUUAGCACAUGAAGAGUCUGACUAAAUCAGGGUAUUUACAUGCUUGAAAUUAAAUAGGUGCUUAAGCAUUUUUCAGGAUCGUGGCUUCUGUAAACACAUUAGUCUUUCUUGAUCAGAAUAUGUACAUAAAAACAGCUGCUUAAAUGGCACAGAAGAGGUUUUGAAAUCAAUCAGUAUUUUGUUUGGCACGCUACGAUAGUGCCUAUUUACUUCAUUGCUGUGCUGCAAAGAUUUCUCUAGGCUUCCUAUAGGUCCAGUAACUUAGUUGCUUGACAAGUACUUGUUGACAGCAAGUACUUGAUCCAAAAGAAAGGUGUUUUUCUGUAAAUAGUGAAUUCUAUUAGAGAUUUGCCACAAAUUCAGCAUGACAUGGUUCUUCCAUGUUUAUUUGUACUGGCCUGUAUUUGGUAGGAUGUAAUGAGGAAUAACACAACUGGAUCACUAAGAUUUUAAGGAAAAUGGAUGCAACAAUCUGCACUAAAACAAGAACUGCAAUUUAGGUGAUGCUGUUUUGAUUUUUACUGUAUUUUUAGGAAUGGUUGAAAAGUUCACAGGUUUUUUUUUUAAAACCAUAAUUUUUACAAAAGCUGGCCACUGUAUUUUUGACUCUAAGUAGGACUAUUUUAUAUUAGAAAAAAUUAAAGGCAACAGAAAAGAUUUGCAAGUGUAAGCUGUGUGGGCUAGAUCCACAGCCAAAGUCAGGUACCAUAAAUCAGCACGUCCGCAGCAUUGCCAGUGGAGUUAGACCAGUUUGCUCCAUGAAUGCAUUUUGCCCACGGACAGGUGAAACAGCAGGGAAAAGAAGGUGAAAAUGAAAAAAAAAAAAAGGAGGGAAAGGAAGAAAGUUGUUCUGCGAAUGUUAUUUUGUGCCAACAGAAUGAUGCCAAGAAAAAAGGCAGUCAUCUGUUUUUCCAAUACACUAAGGUUGCCGUGGGAACCUUCACAUUCACCUCCACAUUCUGGUAAUUAAAUCACUGUAGAGCCUUGUGAGUAAACAUGCAUCAUUCAUCUUACUACUUUGUCAACAAGAGGAAAUGAAUAGACAGAAGCCCCUGCAUUUAUUUUGUCAUUCAGAAAAGUAGUUAUGUUGGUUCAUUUUAAUACCUGUGUUUAAGCAACGAGUGAAGAAUUUAAGCAAUACUUUUGUCAGAUUAGGGUAAAAGACCCACACUGUUGUAAGUCUGAAGUGAUGAGGUUUAACUUUUUGUCUGGUGUUGUAACACAGCAUCACAUUUAUGGUUUUCAGUGGUAAUCAAAUAUGUGAAAUUCUUCACUGGAAUAUUCACUGGAACACUGGUUUGCCUUGUACUCAAAUCAUCUGUUUCAACAAAGAACAGGAAAUAUUCCUAGUUCUCUUUUUCUGCCUGCCAGAAAAGGCUAGGGACAACAAAGCCGUUCCCUACAUCUCGUGUUGUCUGCUAUAUUGGAGAAAUUACUUCCGCAAAUUCUCAUUGCAAAUACACCAGGUUUUCUUAUUUCAGCACAGGAUUGACCCAUGUUAUCAGGUUUGAGGUUUUUUUCCCUAGCAAAUUACUAUAUUUUAAAGAUAUAUUUUUUAGAAAUGUUAUUUUAGGACCUUAUUAGAAAGAAAAUUUAUUUGAACUGUGAAAAAGUAUUUCAAACCCACUGGUGGCAGCUUACAGAGAGAAUUCCUCGUGGUGGCUAGGAACUGACUUGUGUAACAGGAGUCAUGACUGCUAGAAAGAAUUGGAAGGAAACCGUGGGAGACACCACAAACUUGCAUCUGAUGCUAAGACAAUCUAUUACGCACAGCUGUCGAUGUAGAGCAUCCUACCCACUGUCGCUUGGGGAAUGCCCCCUGGCAUUUUUUAUCUAGAUGUACAUAUUCUCUGUCUCUGCAUGCAGAGCAUAUUGCAACAGGGAUCACCCCAAAUAAUCAUAUUUUAUUUCUGAAUAUGUCAGAUAUUAUCUUGGGAGGAGAGACUGUGAAGCAGUAUGGGAGGGGACACAUUUGAAGGUGAAUGAAAAGAUAUAGUAACUUCUGUUUGUACAUUUGCACCCUGAAUCAUACCUUUCAUCUCAUUUCAUGCACUACAAAUGUAGCAAAUUUUUAUUACUUGUGGAUGUAGGUUGCGGUAACAAAUAUUGUAAUUUUUCUACUUGUGUUUUAUAUAAAAUAUUUUUAGUAAAUAGUUACAUAGU